CUGUCUGUAAUCAAUGGAGCUCAAGUCUAAAAAGAGUUCAAUAUUAGUAGAUAAUACAAUAAGAGCUGGAGAAAAAAACAUCACUGACCCUUCAGGAGCAAAUCCAGAGGCUUCUCCUGCAGCAGCAGCUAUGGAGAACAGCCCAGCAGAAAAACCAGCUAAACACAAGAAGAAAAGCCUUUGUGCAUUCUUCAAGAAGACAUGGCUUGCUGUGAAAAGCACUCGUCGAGGCAACAAAACAGCCCCUCCUCAGCUUGUGACGGACACAGAUUCAGCUGAUCUUCAGUGUGGUCCUUCUGAUCUCGAACCAGCAGCACACUGUCAUCCAGCUGAUCCACAGCCAGGCCCGUCCGGCCUAGAGCCAAUAACUCUACAGGAUCAACCUGAUCCUCUGCCAUGUCUGUCCAGCAUCACACCGAUAGACUGUGAUGAAAAUCCAGCUGAUCCCAAGCCAGCUGAAGAAAAUCAAACAAACACAAAGAAGAAGAAACGCAUUCUCACACUCUUCAAAAGAUUGUGGCGGGCUGUAAAAUGUGCAUCAACACGGAAAAAGCACAACAAAGUGGCUCCUCUUUGUGCACAACCCGACUCCGAUUCAGCUGAUCCUCAGUCGGAUCCAAACAUUCUUGAACCGAUGGCUCUGCAGCAUUCAGCUGAUCAUCGGUCAGAUCCCUCUGUCCAUGAAACCAUGGCUCUACAAGAUCUGACAGAUCCUCCAGAAGAUCAUCUGUCUUGUUCGUCUGAUCCUGGUCAAGAACCGCCUGGUUUUGUGCCAACGUGUCGGCAGGAUUCGGCUGAUCAUCAGUCGGAUCCAUCUGACUUCGAAACCAUGGCUCUACAAGAUCUGACUGAUCCUCCAGAAGAUCGUUUGUCUGGUUCGUCUGAUCCUGGUCAAGAACUGCCUGGUUUUGUGCCAACAUGUCUGCAGAAUUCAGCUGAUCCACAGCCAGGCCCGUCCGGUCUAGAGCCAAUAACUCUACAGGAUCAACCUGAUCCUCUGCCAUGUCUGUCCAGCAUCACACCGAUAGACUGUGAUGAAAAUCCAGCUGAUCCCGAGCCAGCUGAAGAAAAUCAAACAAACACAAAGAAGAAGAAACGCAUUCGCACACUCUUCAAAAGAUUCUGGCGGGCUGUAAAAUGUGCAACAAAAAAGAAAAAGCGCAACAAACGGGCUCCUCUUUUUGCACAGCCCGACUCCGAUUCAGCUGAUCCUCAGUCGGGUCCAUCUGUCCAUGUGUCACGUCUCCUGACUCUUUUAGUUAUUGUUGUCUCAUGUCAUGUGCUCUGUGUGCCCUGCCUUUAGUUUGUGUUAAUUGUAUUAUUGUCUGCAGCCGUGUCUCGUUAGUGUAGUUAAUUUCCUUGUGUAUUUAGUCCUAUGUGUUUUGAGUUCACGUUGUCCGAUCUGCGAUGUCCCUACCUUGUUUUUGCCUGCCUGUCUGUUCUGCCUGCCCUUUGUAUCUUUGUUUUUGCCCGUUUUGGAUUAAAUCCGUUUAAGCUUAUUUCGAGUCGCUUGUGCGAAAGCGCAAACGUGACACCAUGAAACCAUGGCUCUACGAGAUCUGACUGAUCCUCCAGAAGAUCGUCUGUCUGGUUUGCCUGAUCCUGGUCAAGAACCGCCUGGUUUCGUACCAACGUGUCUGCAGGAUUCAGCUGAUCUUCUUCCAGGCCCGUCAGCUCUUGAGCCAGUACCCCCAGAAUUUCCAGCUGCUUGCAAGCAUACAAGGAUCAAAUCAAGGAUCAAACCCGAGCAGCCUGUUUCAGCCGUCCAACUCCUGUACCAUUUGAUGAGAUUUAUGAAGUGGGAGAUGAGCUUGGACAAGGAGGCUUUGGCAC